UUGGUACCAAGCACCAAACUUAGUGCUUGGUAGUGAGUUAACUCAUUUCCAUCCGCUCACUUAAAGGGGGACCGUAUUCACUUGGAUACAUAUUGGUUUAAUAAUCAGAAGGAGUAGAUUAGAAUGUGUCAUCUCACUACCAAGCAUUCCAUUUUUUCAUGUAUACGUACGUAUGCGUGCGUGUGUAUAUAUAGAGGGAGAGAGAGAUGAGCAACUAUCCACUUAAGGAUGGCACUUCUGAUCCAAACCCAAGAACCCAUCCAGAUCCAUCCAAUAUGAAAACCAUCCAAACCAACCCAUUUAGCUAAAUGGGUCUAAUUGGGUGGGUAACUAUUUAUAUAAAGAUUAAAUGAGUAUCAGCUGAGCGGGUCUUGACCCAAACCAACCCAAACUUAAAUCUCCUCUACCCUCUCAGCGAUUCCUCUCUCCGAAAGGACCGAAACCCUAUCCUCCUCCAUCGCGAGAGCGAGAGCGAGAGCGAGAGCGAAACCCUAAAAAAUCAGGAGUCCUCCCCCAUCGCGAGAGCGAUCUCAAACCCCAAGCUCUCCAAGCUCCUCCCCCAUCGCUCCUCUCCUCCGAUAGCGAACAAGCGCCGCCGCGUCAGUGAUCUCGCCGUCGACUGCAAGAGAUCCGAUAUCGACUGCAAGUUCGCUCACCCUCACUCCGCCGAUUCAAGUAAUUUGAUCUAUUUUCUCUUGUUUAAUUUGAUUUUUUAGGGUUUAAUUUGAUUGUGGCUGUUGUUUUUAGGGAUAAGGUGAUUUUUUAGGGUUUACUUUAAUUUCAUUUUUUAGUAUUAGUUUUGUUCUUAUUUUUAUUUUUAUUUUAAUAUGGUGAUUCAAGCUAUAUUUCUGCUCGAUACACUGGAUAAGGAUAUUAACUCGUUCAUCUGUUCUUUUUUGACAAGCUAAUAAUAGUUUAUUUGUUAAUUUUAGCAUAUUGCCGCUAAAAUCUAUAGGAAACAAAAUAAAAAGAUAACAGUUGAGAAAUACACAAGAAAUAAAACACUUUAAGCUGUGACAAGGGCAUUGAAAUUAGGGUUAAUGGCACAUAGACUCCCUGUAGUAUUGCUUUGUACACUUGUUACCCCUUAAAUUUGAUGUAAGCAAAUAUAGAGUAACAUUUCGAAUAAUGUCGCUUUAAUAUACGAAUAUUGUUGCAAUUACUAAAUUGUUCAAUUGUAAUCUCCUAAAUUGUUGAUUUCACUUUUGUUGGGUAGUGUUCUUUUCUUAUUGUAGUUAUUUAUUAUAUACGAAGCUAUUUUAUUAACUUUUGACAUUUGUUUUGAUAUUUAAAAGUUAUUUUUCUUGUUUCAGCUACUAUGUCUUUGAAUGAAUUUACUGCAUCCGAUGAUGGUAGUGAAUCUGGUAAUGAAACUAUAUCUAUACGUAAAAGAAGAGCAAAAUCAAAAGUUUGGGAGUAUUUUACUGAGUUGCCUGUUGAUAGUGAUGGGAAAGCUAAAGUUCAAUGCAAGAAAUAUGACCAAGUUUAUGUUAGUAGUUAUGGUACCACAAAUAUGUUGAGGCAUAUUCAUUCUUGCCCAAAACGGGAUAUAGAUGAGGCUGAUUCAUCGUGGAAAACCAUGCCAUUAGAUCAAGAUAAUUACAGAGAAAUGUUGGCUAGGGUUAUUGCAUUGCAUGGUUAUUCAUUCUGUUUUGUGGAACAUCGAGGGAUACGCAAAUUACAUGCAUUUUUAAAUCCUGAAGUCAAGCAUAUCUCGAGGAACACCACUAAAGCUGAUUUGCUUAAGUUGUACCAGAAAGAAAAAAGAAUUCUUAACAAACUUUGAAGCUAGUUCCUAGCAGAAUCAGUCUAACUACAGACUCGUGGACCUCUUCAACAUCAGAUUACUACAUGUCUCUUACUGCACAUUACAUUGAUGAGCAAUGGAUCUUACAAAACAAAAUAUUAGCUUUGUCUCAUGUUUCACCCCCAUAUAGUGGGGCAAUUUUAGUAGAGAAGCUAUUUUAUUUACUGAAGGAGUGGGGCAUAGAAAAAAAAAAUUUUACUGUUACAUUGGAUAAUGCAUCAUAUAAUGAUGCUUUUAUGAAGAUUUUGAAAGACCAUCCUGCUUUAAAGGAGCAUUUUGUCUCCAAUGGUGAAUUUUUGCAUGUACGAUGUUGUGCUCACAUUUUAAAUCUUGUUGUACAAGAUGGUUUAAAAAUAAUUGAUAAAUCUUUAUCCAAGUUUAGAGAAUGCAUUAAAUAUGUAAAGAGUCCUCCUGGAAGGAAGAAAAAAUUUCAGAGUGUAUCGAACAAACUUGUUCAGUUAGUGCAAAGAAAAUUCAACAAGAUAUGUCCAAUAGGUGAAAUUCCACCUUUUUAAUGUUGGAGAGUGUUUUACCUUUUCGUCGGGCAUUUGAGCAAUUGAAGGUAAUCGAUUCAAAUUUUACAUUUUGUCCAUCAACUGAAGAAUGGGUAAAGGCUGAAAAAAUAGCAAAGUUCUUGAAACCUUUUUAUGAAGUGUGCACUCUUUUUUCUAGAAGUAAAUACCCAACUUCUAACUUGUAUUUUGGUGGAGUUUGGAAGAUACAAAAAUGCAUAAAGGAAGAGAUGACAAUUGAAGAUGAAGACAUAAAAUCCACGGCAAGUGAUAUGGAGAAAAUAUUUAAUAAAUAUUGGAAGUGUUAUAGCAAGAUUUUGUCUUUUGCAUGUAUCUUAGACCCCCGUUAUAAGGUGAAAUAUGUGGAGUUUUGUUUUCAAAAAGUGGGUCUUGGUUCUACUCAUGUGGUGACUCUCUUGGAUAAGUUAAAGCUUCAUUACAAAGAAUAUGAGAGAGCAUCAAAUGAUAUAUGCAUGGCCGGUAGUAGUUCGGAAGAGACCUUUGGAGAUGUUCGUGAUGAUGAGAUACUUGAGUUUGAACAGUUUGAGAGCCAAGUAGUUUCAGUCAGUAGGACCAAGUCUGAAUUAGAAGAGUAUUUAGAUGAAAAGAUAUUUUCUUGGAAAAAUGAGAAUCUGAAUGUUCUUGAAUAUUGGAAAGUAGAAUCUGAGAAGCGUCCUCAAUUAUCCAUGAUGGCUCGUGAUAUACUCAGUAUCCCUAUUACUUCAGUGGCCUCUGAAUCUGCUUUCAGCAUAACUGGUCGUGUGCUUGAUAAGUACCGCAAUCGUCUUCUUCCGAAAAAUGCCGAAGCUCAAAUAUGCCUUGGUUCUUGGUUAGAUGAGGUUCCUUGUAAGUUGCUUACUUUUUCUUGUUACCUUCUGUAAAUUUAUGGUGUACAUGUGUUAUAUUAGACUAACAUAGUUGUAUCCUAUGAUCUAAAUGCAGCUUUGGAAGAUAUUGAAGAAGGACACCUGUUGGUGCAUGAUUUUAGUGAUAUUCAAAAUUUUGAAUCUGAAGGAGGGUGGUGAAGUGCUUGUUAGAAGAUUUGUCAUCUAUUAAGCUUGAGGCCAUGGGAUUUGCUCGAGCUCUUAUACUGCAAGUGUUCUUUGCCUGCAACAAGAGCGAAGAGAUGACAGCAAACUACCUUUUGGAUCAUAUACAUGAGUUUGAGAACAAUUGGUAGUUUAAGAAAAGUCUAAGAUCAACCGCCCCUUUCACUCUCAUCCAGUUUUAACUUAUUUGUAGUGGUUAUUGUUCGAUAGACAAUGGACUAAAAAGACCAAUCUCUUUCAGCAUAUGUUGAUCUAUAUAAUGUUUACUAGUCGUAAUGCUGUGUAUAAAACUUGGGAUCUUAGCGCUUCACAUUUUGAUUUU